CGUUUGCUAACUGAGCAAUUUCCAAAUCUUCUAUGUAGUUAUUAACCAUGAAAAUUUCUCUUAUUAUUUUCAAAUGUUUAUAUAAGUUCAUAAGAGUUUUUCUUUAACAUGAGUUGAUAAGAAUUAAUUCAGUGAAUAUAAGUAGAGAAAAAUGCAGUGUCUUGGAGACAGCUCUUAUUCCCUCCAUUUCGAUUUAAUUGUCAUUGUAGAAAAAAAUUUAGUUUCAAAAUAAGUUUUGUUUUAGAGUUUCAAUGCAAAAUUUAUUAAUAAGAUUUUUCAAUUUAUCUGUGUGUAUAAGCACUAGAUAGACAAUUAAAAUGGAACGGAUGAAGUAUAACUUAAUUAGUCGUGUUAAAAAAAUAGAUAACUUAGAUAACUUAAUUAGUUUAUCAUAACUGAUAUCUACCUAAGAUUUAUGGUAGUCCAUGUUAAUUUGCAAUAUGGUAAUGGUAUUGCACACAAGUAUGUUUUCGAUGUUUUGCAUUUUCGUAAAGACUGUUUAGCUAUCAUUAUUUGUUUUUUUUUGUAAACAUGUAAGACUUUAAACACGUUUAAUUGUUUUUUGGGGAUAAAUGGUUUGUUUAGUCUUUGAACAUUAUUAAGCUUAAAAAAUUAGAAUCAUUUGGCAACAAUCAGUGGAUGUAGGUAGAUGAAAUGGACUGGACAACAGCGAAAACGAAUGGACAUAAGAUUAAGCAACCGCAACAUCUAUAUAAUUGUUAAAAACCAAAUAUAUUACAACUCAAAUGAAAUGGACAUAUCCAACAUUACGUUUCUAUCAAUUUAUUUAAAUGAUAUUAUUAUCAUACAGCGCAGAAUACACCUCAUAUCGAUCGUCAAUACUGGCCUACAAUCAAAGUAGCCAUCAUCGAAAAUGUUGAUGCCUUAGCUACCAAUGCUUCAUCACUAUUGCCUAAUCUGGCAAAUGAUUGAAAUAUGUUGUAGUAUGUGAAUAAAGCAAACCCAAAUUGAAACUCUUGUUAGUGAAAGUUUGGGGUUGGAUUGGUUCCGAUAAACUAAAGUCAGAUUUAAGAAGAUAUUAUGAUUUAUAAAAAGUAAAAGUGUGAUUGAAAAUAGUAGAAAUUUUGUAUCAUUCACUUUUGCAUUAAUUUUUGCUUUUUAAUCAUUUAUUUAUUUUUCUUUUUCUGUUUAAUUUCUUUUAAUCAUUUAUUUGAAAUACUUUUAUAGGCACGAAAUACAGCAAAAUAAUCUUUUUGCAGUUUAUUAGUACAUCACUUUCGCCUCAGGAUCCACAAAAGCGUAAAAGACACUAUUUAUAGGUUCUUGGUUAGUUCAAUAUUUUCAGAUUUUAUUUAGUUAGUUUUUAGAUUUUUAUCAUAUAUUAUUAAUGGUUUCAGAUCAGUGUAGGAUAUAUCCUACAUAAAGUCCAUACCAUAGUUUUACCCCCCCAAAAAAUACAUACCAUAGUUGCUCUGCUUCGUCAUUCAUCGUUUGUAAAAUAUAUUUUAAAAUAGUUGAUUUUCCAUGAGGUCAUCCAAUAAGUUUAUUCUGCUGAUUUUGUCAACCAUAACUCUCAUCAGUUUAGUUACAGAGAGUCGAAAAACAAUACCAUCUCAAGAGAAGAAAAGAGAGUUGGAGAAACUUCUCAACCAUAUCAAUAAACCUGCGAUCAAAAGUUUCCAAAGCAAACAUGGUUAUAUACUGGAUUGCAUUGACAUUCAUAAGCAGCUAGCCUUUGAUCAUCCUUUGCUCAAGAACCAUUCUGUUCAGUUAAAGCCUACAACUAUACCUAAAUGGACAAGAGAUAACAAUACUUCUCAAAAAUCAACUUCUCUUCCAUUUCGACAAGAAGAAGACAUAAUUUGUUCACCUGGGACUGUGAUUAUUAAAAGAACUACACUUGAAGAUCUUAUACAAUUCCAACGUUUAGAAUCCUUAGGAUUGAAACCAACUUCAAAGGACAGGAACGAUGAUCCACCUGGUCAUUAUACUGCCGUUGCUCAAUACUAUGCACUCAAUUUUGGUGGAAAGGGAAACAUUAAUGUAUGGGAUCCCCAAGUCGAGCCUGAUCAAUAUAGUCUUUCAAGUUUAUAUGUCCAAGGUGGCAGUAGAGAAGACUUUGAGACCAUCUCAGCUGGAUGGAUUGUGUCCCCGAAACUGAACCAUAAUCAUAGUAGCUUAUUUAUAGCCUGGAGUGCAAACAAGAAAGGUUGCUACAAUACAUUAUGUCCCGGGUUCGUACAAGUGAGCCGCAAGUUCCCACUAGGAAGUGUUGCCAGACCAGUUUCCAAGUAUGGUGGUAAACAAUUUCAUCUAGAAAUCAGCAUAUAUCAGGAACGUCUGACAAGAGAUUGGUGGUAUGUGCUAAAGGGGGAGCCAGUUGGGUACUGGCCAAAUCCAUUGUUCAGUUAUAGUGGUUUAGCCGAGGGUGCAGAUCAUGUUUGGUGGGGAGGAGAAGUUUUCAGUGCAGAUAAAGAUAGAAUAAGCCCAAUCAUGGGAAGUGGAUUUGUCCCGCAAGAUGAUUUCGGAAAAGCAGCUUAUAUCAAUGGUCUUAGAGUGAUCGAUCGUUAUACAAGAAAAGUUAUGAUGCCACCAGCAAAAGAUUUAGUAGUAUACGCAAGCAGUCCAACUUGUUAUAACGUCAAAACGAUAUCACGUCGUGGUGAGUAUUGGUCUAGGGCUAUAUUCUAUGGAGGACCUGCAGGAUGCACUGAUUAACACCCUUAUGCUUCUAGACUCUAUUAAUUAUGUAAUUUCCUUCUUUUAGACUCAUCUCCGUAACGUUUACCGUCGAGCUCGUAGCACAAAAUGUCCCUUUAGGAAGGAAGUGAAUUACAAAAGUAUUGUUGGCACUUUUUUAUGUAUUUGGAUUAACUUUUUGGCACUAUAUUAGUUGCCAUGAUUUCCUCCAAUAAGCCCCAUCUGCUUGCUUUUGAAGUUUUGAGCAUUGGCUAGUUUAUUGCUUUGGUUUAUCAGAAACAUAUUUGGUUUAUUCUCUGAUCAGAACAAGUUUAUUUCUUUGCAUAUUUGUAGACUGGACAUGGUGAUGUAUUUGAUUGCAUUAACAUUUUUGUUUUUAACACAGAUAGCAUUAAUAUUUAUUAGCAGCUCGCCUUUGAUCAUCCUCUGUUCAAAAACCAUUCUAUUUACGUUUCUAGUCUAUAUAGCAAGUUACCUACUUUUGGACGCAAGUAGAAAUUCUUACAAGAUUUAAUUUUCUGUAUAGAUUAGCAUUAGCUAAUUUUAUA